UGCUGAUUACGUAGAGAAAGACCCGCGGGGCCGAUACGUUCGGUACAAUGAAUUACUGGGCAAGGGCGCAUUCAAGACUGUCUAUAAGGCAUUUGAUGAGCUUGAUGGUAUAGAAGUUGCUUGGAACCGUGUGAGGAUUGAUGAUGUGUUGCAGUCACCAAAUGAUCUUGGAAAAUUGUAUUCCGAAGUCCAUCUCCUUAAAGCAUUGAAACAUGAAAAUAUCAUCAAGUUUUAUGAUUCUUGGGUCGAUGACAAGAAAAAGACCGUGAACAUGAUCACUGAACUCUUCACAUCUGGGAGUUUGAGACAAUAUCGUAACAAGCAUAAAAGUGUUGACAUGAAGGCUAUAAAGAAUUGGGCUCGACAAAUUCUCCGAGGCUUGGACUAUCUUCAUAGUCAGAACCCUCCGAUUAUCCAUAGGGACUUAAAAUGUGAUAAUAUCUUUGUUAAUGGAAACCAUGGAGAAAUAAAAAUCGGAGACCUUGGAUUGGCAAUUGUUAUGCAGCAGCCGACAGCUAAGAGUGUCAUUGGAACUCCUGAAUUUAUGGCUCCAGAGUUAUAUGAGGAGGAAUACAAUGAACUGGUGGACAUAUAUUCUUUUGGAAUGUGCAUGUUAGAAAUGGUUACGUGUGAUUAUCCAUAUAUUGAAUGCAAGAAUCCAGCUCAAAUAUAUAAGAAGGUUACCUCAGGAAUUAAACCUGCUUCUCUUGGCAAGGUGACUGAUCCUAAAGUUAAAAAUUUCAUUGAGAAAUGUUUGGUCCCAGCAUCUCAAAGGUUGCCUGCAAAGGAGCUGCUUAAAGAUCCAUUUCUCCAGUCUGAGACUUUAAAGGAGCCUAUUCUUGAUCCUUUACAGCUACCCAACAAACUUCCCCAAUCAUCAAGUGUAUUGAAUUCUGGGCCCCAUUCCAUGGAUAUCGAUCUUGAAUAUAACCACUCUGUAUGCACAGACUCCAAUACUGGGAGCCCACACGGUCCAGUUGUAGAAUUACAGAGGAUACAUCAAGACAACGAAUUUAGGUUAACUGGAACAAAAAAUGAUGACAAAACAAUCUCAUUGACCUUGCGAAUUGCUGACUCAAAUGGCCAAGUAAGAAAUAUACACUUUCAAUUCUACCUUUAUACAGACACUGCAUUCUCAAUCGCUAGGGAGAUGGUUGAGCACCUAGAGUUAGCAUAUCAUAAUGUGGCAUUCAUUGCUGAGUUCAUUGACUACUUAAUAAUGAGAAUUGUACCUAAUUGGAAACCUUCAUCAGUUUACAAUUUGAGUGGAGUGAGAAAUCCGCAUCCAGGAUCUUCAGGAGUUUCCAAUGACCAAACCCUUACAAACCGUAGUGAUUCAAUUUGUCCCAUCGAGUUACCAGUUAAGCAAGAAGGCCAUGUUGAAGCCAAUGAAGGUAGCUUGCAUAACAAUUCGGCUUGUUCUAGUUCUUUUGAACUAAAUAGUUCUCCGAGUUUGGCAAAUUUGGGAGAUAAUGAAUCACAAGCAUCAUUUACUUCUGAGAUGAUUGAAGAGGUUUCUACAGAGAAUUACAAAACGUGUGGAUUUGUUGAUUAUGGGAUUGGUAAAAGCUCUAUAGGCUUCAGUGGGUAUGAUUCAGAGAUAGAUUUCAGGGAUUUGUAUUUUGACGAGUUUAAAUUGCAAGGAAAUGAUAGUGGUGGAGAAUUUACGCUAACGAAUGGAUUGGCAAAGAGCUCAGAACUAACUUCUAUUGACUUGAGUGGAACUUCUAAGGUUAUGAGCUUGACAAGCUGCUGUUCAUCUUUAUCCUUGAUGGAGAAAGAACAGGGCGUUGAGCUGAAGUUGGAGCUUGAUGCAAUUGACGCUCAGUAUCGACAAUGGUUUCAACAACUCUCAAGGUUAAGGGAGGAAGCACUUGAGGCAACCAGGAAGAGAUGGAUGACAAAAAAAAAGGUGGCUGUUCACUAAAGAACAUGUUAUUUUGGUUUUUCAUUUUCAUGUAGUACUUUGGUUGUGGAAGAAGGAUUUUUUUUUUUCUUUUCUGCAACUGUGCUUCAAACUCUUUUAUGGACGUGUAAGUUUAUAAUUUGUAAUCUCUACAGAACUCAUGACAUCUAUUAGCCCCUUUCUAUAGCUAGGGAGAGAAGAAAAUGUUACAUA